GUGAAUAUUUUGUAGGGAAGCGAUUAGCGGGCUGCACCGCGCACAUCACCUCGGCGCUUUGGCUCGUUCCCCUGCAUUCGCGCCUUGGCAAAGGAGACGCAGCUACGGCACCGGUCCGAGAAGUGUCAAAGAGCUGACGGUGCAGUAGCGUCCAGCAGCAACCCUCAACUCGUGCUCGUGUGGUGUUUCCGGUGCUGCAGUGCUGCACUCCAAGACUCUCACCAUUGUCCCUCAUUUCCAUCAUUUCCGGCUCAUCGACUUCUCAGUGGUUCUUCCCCCCCUCUCAACCUCGCCGCUCUACCUAGCACCCCUUCCUGGCCUUCCAUGCAGGCUGGCUGACCAGCACAUGAGCCAAUGUCGUGUCGGGAGGUGGAGAUGGUGGAGAUGGUGGAGUUUGGCAGUUUGUCUUCCAUUUCGACUCACGCUGAAUCACGCCCGGUCGACGGUCGGUGCCACCACCUCAGCACCGACUGGCACCUGCAGUGAUGAGAGCGCCUCCCUGGUUCCCAGGCGAGCCAGGCAAGCCAAGCUCCAGGAGACAUGUGUAAACAAACCGUAGCUGGCACUGUAAUUUAUUGGACAAGUGGGUCCCCUGGGACUG